AACCCGAUCUUGGCUCUCCAGCAUCAUUUCCGCCAUUGCCAUACCCAGGACAGAGAGCAGGCGUAUAAAGCAACCACGGCGGUCUAUACUUUCGGCCACGACAUGCAGUAUCUAGCAAGUGCAUACAAGUCAAGAUGAGGUCACUCAUCCCUCUAAGCCUGCUCGUACCUGCAGCGGCAGCCCUCUCGUUGAAAGUCAACACGACGAUCGGUCAGGUGUAUGGCAUGAUCAACGGCUCAACACCGGGGGUGGCUCAGUUCCUGGGCGUGCCCUUCGCCGAACCACCGCUCGGCGACCUCCGAUUUGCACCACCGCAGCCCAAAGCCCACGCCAACCGCACCAUCGACGCCACCAAAAUCUCCCCCAACUGCCCCCAGUACCCUCUCACCACCGUCACCGACCCGUCAGUCUACACCAUCGACUCCCCGUGGCUGCAGCCCUACGGACCCUGGUCGGAAGACUGUCUCACCCUGAACAUCUGGGCGCCGCUCCAUCCGCGCACCCCUGGCCCCCUGCCGGUCCUCAUCUGGCUCUUCGGUGGCGGUUUCUAUGAAGGAGGCCUGCUGACGAACGGAUUCAAUCCGAGUCCCUGGAUCCAACGGACGCAAGAACAUAUCGUCAUUGCGGUCAAGUGAGUGAUCCCCACCCCCCACCACAACCACGACAACUGCCCACCCAGCCCUAACCGCCCUCUGCCCUCCGCACCCUCACACUACAAACCACCACCACCAUCACGAAAACUAACACACCUACCACCCCCGCAAAGCUACCGC